AUAACCUUCUACCUCAUGGCUCCUGUGGGCUACAGUCAGCCUUUUGGUCCUCCUGGUCCUAAAGGCCCACCUGGGUCACCUGGAGAACCCGGGGCAUAUGGAGAACCUGGAAAACAAGGACAGAAAGGCUUGAAAGGAGAACCUGGGGCUCAAGGGCGUCAAGGACUACCUGGAUUUCCAGGACCUAAUGGACGAAUCGGAAAACCUGGACAGCCUGGCCCACCUGGAACUAUUAUAAUGUGUGGACGAGAUCCUAUUGGCUCUUUUCAAAGCGACACUGAAAAGCUAAUGAAGAGAAUUGCCAAGUUUAAACUUGCUGUAAACUAUGAUUUUGUCCAAAUAGUUGAUCAAAAAUACUUUGUCUCCAACAAGCACAGAGGCAGUUUCUCAGAGGCUGUAGUGUUUUGCAGCCAACGUGGUUUAGAGCUGGCGUUGCCACAGAACGCAGAGGAGAACAACGCACUGACUCAAGUUCAUGGCAAAUUCAGAGCCAAAGCCUGGAUCAAUGUGAACAAUAAAAAAGCUGAGGGGGAGUUUAAAACUGACAUGAAAAAUCAACCUUUGACCUUUAAAAAUUGGGGAGAAGGGCAGCCAGACAAAUCCAUUGAGGAUACAGGCUGCACAAUGCUGUCAGAAAACGGUUCCUGGCAAUUCUUCACUGAGAAGAUGAGCCCACUUCUUUUUUUGUGCAUCUUGUGCCUGUCGGCCCGCAUCACCUACACUCAGUUUCCAGGUCCUCCUGGUCUUAAAGGUGAGAAAGGAGAUCGAGGAGUUUCUGGGACACAAGGAGUGCCUGGACUACGUGGGCGACCUGGAAUUCCUGGACUGCCUGGACGUCCUGGUGAAUCAGGGGAUGUAGGAAUAUAUGGGCUUCCUGGGCACCCUGGAGAAACAGUGUGCACUGAAGCUACAGUUGAAUCCAGUUGCCCAGAUGUUCAAACCUUAAAAAGCAGACUUGCUGAGUUAGAACUGGCCAUUAACUAUCAUUUUGUCCGGAGAGUUGGUCAGAAAUACUUUGUGUCCAACAAGGAGAGAGGCUCUUUCUCCAGGGCUGUCGAAUUCUGCUCCCAACAACACAUAGAGUUGGCUCUGCCCCAGAACGAGGAGGAGAACAACGCACUGACUCAAGUGUUUGGCGACGUUUACAAGGCAGCUUGGAUCAGUGUCAACAACAAAAAGGCAGAGGGAAAUUUUGAGGUGGAUAUGAAAAACCAACGUCUGACAUUUACCAAGUGGGGAGAAGGUCAGCCAGACAAAUCCAUCCAAGAUACAGGCUGCACCAUGCUGUCAGAAAACGGCAUCUGGCAAGUUACACCAGAAUGUUCGAUGAACGCUUACAUCAUUUGUCAGUUAUAGAAAAAUCCCGGUUCCUUGCGAAUCUUGCUUUUGGCAAUUUCCCCCCACUAUCAUGUUUAUCUCAACAUUUUUAUUGCAUUUUUAUUUCUUAUAUUUCAUGUAGAGAAAUGUUCUCAUUUACCCCAAUGGAAGAAAAAAUCUAAGCUUGCAGUUGUUUAUGAAUUAUGGGUAAAGCAUCAGGGCUGCAUUUUGUGGAAGAAAGAAAACUUUGUAGUAUUAAAAAUGAGACUAACGAUUCUCAGUUGACCAACUGAAGUGAAACUCCCAAUGGCAAUGAAUUCAUGAAUGCAUUGUAAUAGGAAUAACUAUUAUCUCACAGACCCAAGUUUAAGUCAGUUAUUCUGAUGCUUGACUGAUGUAUUGUCAAUAAAUCAUCUAAGCUAACUCUUCAUGGUUUCAAAUAAAUGCUUUUGCAUCACUA